AACCAGACUCUCCCUCUUUUCUUUCUCUUUCUUCAGAGCUUUUCUUUAUCACACUCCGGCUGCGCCUUUGAGCUUCGGGAUUUUUGAGCAAGUAAAAAGCUAAAGGGUUUUUUUACUGUCCAAUGCGCCGCCGACACGUGGGGCUUCUUCCCCGAGGCGUUCGCGUUUUCCGUUGCUGACCGCCGUUUCGUUCUUCAUUCCCUGUACUCAGACCGUGGUCUGCAUCAAUGUGAAUGGAGUUAAAAAUGUGCAGCUGAAAAGGAUCUGGAGUGCUUAAGACCUAUCCAGUGUAUGGAAUGCCAUUUAGAGCUCAAAAGGGAUUCAAGAGUUUAACUGUCCUUUGGAACUUCUGUAAAGAUCAUGUUGCCCCCAGCAAGCCAGAAAGCGAAUCUGCAAGGCAGGUAUGAACUUGAAAAGACUAAAUUGUCAUAUGCUGAUCUUCAUCAAGAAAUUACAAAAGGUGGAAAAGAUUUCUCACCUAAAUCUUCAUGGAAGCAUCAUAGACAACAUGCUGAGAUAAAGGCAAAUGAAGAAGAUGAGCUUGUCAAGUAUAUGUCGAAUUUACCAAGUUUUCUGGAGAAAAGAGCAAACCCUCAAGAAAAAGUUUUAAAUGUUGGGGUCCUUGAGUGGGGGCGUCUUGAAAAAUGGCAGUAUAGCCAUAAACACGUCUUACAUAGAAGUAGUAUCUCUUCGCUGUCUAGCAGCAACACAUCAUCUUCGUUUUCAACAGACGAAUCAUCAGCACAUUCAAGCAGAGGUCGCAGUUGCUCUCCUGCUCGUCAAAGGUUACAACGUCCUUCAUUUCAAUCUCAUCUGAUAUCGGUCCCCGUAGAAGGCAAUUCGCCAUUCAACAAACCUUUUAGGGACAGUCUUGGAAAGUUACAAGAUCUCAAGGCUGCCCAGAGCAACACCUUGAAUGUUCAGGCAAACUUCAUCAGAGAAGAUAAAUCUUUUUGCAAAAAUAAUCCAGAAAUCAAGCUGGAAAAGUGCAGGAGAAGAGAAAUGCACUCAAAGAUUGAUUUAGAAAGUGGAAUUGUUGCAAAUGGGGUAAAAGAUAAGGUGGCCUCAUGUGACACGGUGAAAAUGAAGAACCAAGUUGGUGAUUUUAUGAAGAAAGCAGAGAAGUUUCAAGAAGUUAUUCCAAAAGGUGCUAACCAAGAUGUCAUUGACACAAGAAAUACUGUUGUCCUCCUUUUGCCAAGAGAUUUGCCAAAAGUGAAUCAUUCUGGACCUGGCAACCUUUCUGAUUUAACAACAAAGUCUUGUAAAAGAGAAGCAGAACCUAGUCGGAGGAUUGUUCCUCAAACAUCUAAAGAUGCUCACCGUUCAGAGCUCAGUUCCAAUUUCCAUCAUUCAGGUCCUUUGCCUUGUGAACUUGAUGGCAGUAAACAUUUACAGAUUAAAGCCAGGGGCUCCAUAGAGGCAAAUAGUAAUGACCUUUCAUCAGAAAGAUCUCGUUCUGUGCCUCGUGCAGCAAAGAUAGAAAUUAAUUAUUCCAGAAGCAGAAAUCUAGAGGAGAAAAAGCGAAAUGCAACUCCAACUAGGUAUGCUGCAAAUGAGGCUUGCAAAGGAUCAGAUCCAAAGGUAGGCAAGGUCGCAACUGAAAAAGUUAGAAGCACUUCUCCUUUUCGUCGUUUUAGCUUCAGCAUGGGUAAGACAAGCAAAAGUUCUGGCUCCAAAGAGGGUUCUUCUAUACCUCACGUGAGCUCAACAUGUACUUCAGGCAAAACUGAUUCAGAGAUUUCUGUUGCUUCUGGUGUUGAUACUACUUGUGGUGAUAAACUCAAUGCUAAAAGCAGAGCCAGGUCCAGCCCUUUGAGAAGACUAUUGGACCCACUUCUGAAGCCGAAGGCAGUUAACUGUCGUAAUUUUACCAACCAAUUACAGGACUCAAUAUUAACAGAAAGUGCCUUUAAAUCAUCAGAAGGGCAAAGACAUACAACUGUGACUGUGCAGUCAGCCAAAGUGAAAUCAGAUACAAGCACCUGUUGCACGGUCAAUGUAAAUGAUUCAUCAGAGAACAAGAAAUAUGGAUCUUCAGCAGUUCAAGCUCUUCUUAGAGUUCAAGUCAAGAAUGGGUUGCCUUUGUUCACAUUUGCUGUUGAUAAUGAGAGUAAUAUUCUUGCAGCUACAGUGAAGAUGUUAAGUGCUUCAGGGAAGGGUGAUUAUGGAUGCAUUUACACAUUUUUUUCCAUUCAAGAAGUCAGGAAAAAGAAUGGAAGGUGGAUAAACCAAGGAGGGAAGGGCAAAGGUCAGGAUUACAUUCCUAAUGUUGUUGCCCAGAUGAAGGUUUCUGGUUCCAAGUUUUCUCAUUUGUCCGGGCCAAACCACUUGGAUCAGUUUAGCAUUAGAGAAUUUGUUCUUCUUACCCUGGAUGUAGGACAGGCAAAUCCACAAGCAUCUGACUUCCAGCCUAAUGAUGAGCAGGCAGCUAUUGUUGUCAAAAUCCCAAAAAGGAACAGAAGAAGCCCAAUCAGAGAUGGGUUUCUGAUCGAUAAGCGUAAUAGCUUGCCUGAGGCUGCAUUGAAAGAGCGUUUGCCAGAGGUAAAACUUGACUUUGAUUCUGGGAAAAAAGGUCCUUUUAUGGGUGCUCAAGACAUUAGUGCUACAGUCAUACUUCCUAGUGGUGUACAUAGCCUGCCAAAUAAAGGUGAGCCUUCAUCACUGAUCCAACGAUGGAAAUCAGGUGGAGCAUGUGACUGUGGUGGUUGGGAUUUGGGUUGCAAACUCAGGAUUCUUUUGAACAGGAGUCAAUUAAGCCAGCGAUCUAGUUCGUUGAAAGGUUCCUCAAUUUCUAAUCAAUUUGAACUUUUCUUUCAGGGGGGAGUACAAGACGACAAGCCUUUCUUCAGUUUGGCCCCUUUCAAGGAUGGGAUCUAUUCAGUUGAGUUCAAUUCAUCGCUUUCGCUUAUGCAAGCAUUUUCGAUUUGUAUAGCAAUUUGGGAUAGUAGGAAACACUGUGAGCUUUCAGAAUCAGUUACCUCUUCUGAAGAAAGAACUUUGGGGGAAACCAUAUUAAAUGACAGAAUAAGUGCACCUAAUCCUGUUGAAGGAGAGGCCCCUGCUAGAUAUGUCUCAUAUCCACCCCUUUCGCCAGUUGGAAGGGUCUAAUCUCACACGGCAAAUGAUCAUGUAAUUAAGUGAUAAAGAUACAUAUAUUUCUGGUUUGUUGGAUGGGCAAUGCUCAGUGAGAUAUCCAUCACCGGUAAGGGUCGCCCGAUGAAAAAUAAGAUCUAAUGAACGAGGCUUGUUUGUAAUAUCAGGGACAGGUUCCCUCGAGCUUUGGAUCAUUGUAUUUUGAUAUUUACUUUCGACAACAGAAGCAAUAUCGGCUGUAGUAUGAGCAAAAUGUUUUCAGCAAUGUAAGUGUGCAUAUAAUCAAUGGAUGA